AUGAAUGGUUUAUCCUCAACCUCGUCUAGCGCGAAGUGGUUAUCCUCAUCCUCGUCUAGCAUGAACGUCCGCUAUUGUCCGAUAAAUACCGUUCCUUCCAUUGCGCAACGCUAUCUGGGCUCUCCUACCCAUCCAAUUCGUCCUAAAAUUGUGCACAUGUGGAAGACGCGUGAUAAGAAUACUCUGUGGUGGAGGGUAUCGGUAGCACCUCUCAAAAAUGCUAAACGAGUUGUUCGUUCUUGGUGCGCACGCAGAGCGCGACUCGCCUUUCAAGAGGCGUUGAGAAACCAAGGCUAUGACGAUCUGGGUAUUCCGCUAAAGGAUUCGCCCACACCCCGCAAGCACAAUCUCACAGGCUCAUUGGAGCUUACACUUCGUCCUGGAUGCAUCAACCGUGAUUUCAAGGUAGUCCAGCGAGAUGCCCAUUACCUCCUACGGAAUGUUCUGCAACAACGGUCCGCGGAUUUCGAAAACAGGGCGAAGGAAGUCGCAAGGCAUCCGAGGCUUUGGAAGGACAAGGCUUGA